AUGGCGACUGCGACGACAAAAUAUGCGAAUUGCGAGCUACGGAUUAUCGGAUUGGAGUGAGUUUGUCUGAAAAAUAAUUUUUGAAAAAUUGAAAUUUUUUCCAGAAACGAUGCAUUGGAGAAACAAGUUGCGAUACUUCAGCAAAAACUUGAUGAGCUUUCAAUGUACUCCAAACUAUGCAAACAAAGCAAUUUCCAUUAUUGUAAACUUCGAGAUGACACAACUCAAAAAACUCGUCGAUGUCAACAGGAAAUUGAACAAGUCACAAAAGAAAUCAAAAGCUUGAUUGAUUCCUCAACAGCUCAAGUUAAUUUGAUGAUCCAAAAACUUGAAAAAUACGAGAAUCUUGAGCUGAAAACUUUGGAUCUUCAGAAACUUUUCGAUUUUCCAUAUGAUGAAAUGAUUGCGAAAAUGGAAAAAGAAAUUCAGGAAUGUCAUGCGAUUUUCAAGGUGGAAAGUGAGAAAGAAGCAAAUUUGAAUAAGGAAAUUGAGGAGUUAACCAAAGCUGCAGAUUCGAUAUCUCGAGACAUUCAGAAGUCUCGUGAUAAUCUUAUUGAGCUAGACAACUUGGUUACUCUGAAAAACUCUGAAGUUGAGAAGAAAAUUUCGGACAGUCAUUCAACAAAUGAAGAAAGAACUCGAAGUUUGUUGAAAAUAUUAGAAGAUCUCGAAAAUUCUAAUAUUACUCAACAAGCUGAAAUCGAAAAAGCGGAAAAAGAAAAGUUUGAAAUUGACAACCAGUUGCUUGAACUAGAAAAGGCGGAAACAGAGAGGAAGAAAGUAAUUGAAGAUAUCAAUAAAACAAUGAAAGAGAUUGAGAAUAUUGAGGAUAUUACUGAAGAUCAUCGAGAAUUAUUCAAAGAUGACGAGGAAAUGAUGAAGUUGUAUGAGCAAUGUUUGAAAUCUGAAGAUUUCGAAAAGGAAGACGAUCAAGAAAUUGAACAAUUGAAAAAAGAAAUAGAAGCUUUGAAAGGUGAGGAAAAAUAUUUUUAUUGUUUUUCCACAUUAUGAUUUUUACAGAAAGCAGGGAACAAUUGGAAGAAGAACUCAGACUAUCUCUUGAUGUCAAAACACGACAUGACAAAGUUCUGGACGAAUUCAAUAUGCGAAGUGAGGAGGUUCAAAAUCUGGAAACUGAUCUUGAAGAAUAUCAAGGGAAAAUCGAUGAACAUCAAAAAGCAUUGGAACCUUCCCUCAAGCAAAAUUCAUCAGAUUUCCGAACUCCAGAUUUGGUUGUUAGAAAGAAAAGCAAAACGUUGACAGUUGAUAGUGGUAAGCAUAUUCAUAUUUUAUUUUUGACAAGGUUCAUCUAAAAAGUAUUUCAUUUUCAGGUUUCCAACAUGUUUCACACGAUCCAUUCGCUUAUCCUGGAAUUCAAAGAAUUUCUUCAUCGCUGAAACGAAAACUUGAUGAAGAAGAAUUGAAUAAUCCGAAUAAUUUGAUGGCAGAUUCAUUCCAAAGUUCAAUCGAUAGUUCAUUAUUUUCUUCCGAUUCUGGAACAACUGCAGAUGGUUCAUUGAUGGGAGGAAUGUUCAGUCCUUUAAAGAAUGCACCAAUUCAAAAGGAAAAAACAUCACCAGAAAUGGAAGAUUUUGAAGAAUUUUCAAUGAUGGAUCAUUUCAAAGAAUUUACUGGAAAACGGCGAAGAAGUGUGAAAGAAAAAGGGAGAAGUGUGAUUGAAAUGGAGAAAAUGUUGAAGGAAAAUCGAAUGAAGAUUUCACCUGAUUGUUAGUUUAUUUGUUAAAUUUUUCUCGAAUUCAAAAAAAAAAUUCAGCGGACCUAACUUCAAAAUCCAGUGAUGAUACUAUUCUCGUUUCUUCAUUCAUGGAUGAAGAAGAAACAGUCAAUGAAAUACAACAGAAAAUCCCAGAAGAAUAUGAAGAGGACGGGGAUGAUGUAAGUUUUUUGUUUCUGAAAAUGUGUUCUCAAGAAUUCUCAAAUAUUAUUUAUUUGCAGUCAAUCAUGGCGAAUGACAGCGAACUAGAUCAAUCUGUUUGGUCAAGCGAUUUUUAA